AUGUCAUGGUAUAAGCAUGGUCAGCGUUUUGAGGAUUUAAAAGACAACAUCCAAGUCAUUCCCUGUGGUAAGAAGACAUGCAAACUGGUUGUAAAUACAAAUACCACGGUGAUUUUCAAAUUUACACCAACGGAAGAAGUAAAGGAACUCGUGAACGAUGUUUAUGCUAGCAUUGAAGGCCUACCGAUUCCUUUCAUCGGCGUCUCAGGAGUUAGUGCAUGUUCCAACAUAAUAAGGGUGGAUACCGGAGAAGCAGCACCGUGCCCUUUAGCUCCAGGCGUACAAUACAGCUACGUAAACAAAUUCUUCAUUCAACCAUUUUACCCUACUAUCUCAAUGCGAGUGCACUGGAGUCUUAACGAUGGUGAUAAGAAAAUAACGUGUUUCGAAGUUCCCGCUUUGAUCACUACCAAAUCAUCUAAACGUUCAUAAUUUUAAUAUUUUAGAACUAUUUCAUAUACC